AUGCUUAAUUAUGGAGCUCGAUUCACCAGAAUACGCCAUGUAUCACAUUCGAGUAGAUUGCUAGUCAAAAAACACAGCCAACAUGUCAUUCGAUUGAUGGCAACCACCAGCACCCAAUUACCCAAGCCUAAAAAAGAGUUUGUAGCCAGUUAUGAUGCAAAAGCAGUGGAAGCAGGAUGGUACGAGUGGUGGAACUCGCAAGGCUUAUUCAAAGCAAGCAGUACAGACUUUCUCGCAACUCACAAUGAAUCUGAGGUGGCAAAAAAGCAGCCGUUCACCAUGAUUACACCACCACCUAAUGUCACUGGAUCGCUGCAUAUUGGCCAUGCUUUGACAUUCAGUGUUCAAGAUGCCAUUAUACGAUGGAAACGCAUGAGCGGUUACGACGUAAAGUGGAUCCCUGGCACAGAUCAUGCAGGCAUUGGAACACAAUCAGUAGUUGAAAAGAUGAUCAUGAAGGAAAGAGGACUCACCCGUCAUGAUAUGGGCAGAGAAGCAUUUGUGAAAGAGAUUUGGAAAUGGAAAGAAAAAUACGGUAACCACAUUUUGCACCAAAUGAGACGUAUGGGUGCCUCAUUAGACUGGGAUAGCGAGUUCUUUACGAUGGACAAGAGCAGAUACGAGGCUGUGGAAAAUGCAUUUAUGAGGUUGCAUAAUGACGGAUUGAUCUACCGUGAUACACGACUGGUGAAUUGGUGCUGUGCUUUGGAAACUGUGAUAUCAGAUAUCGAAGUAGACUACAAAGAUGUAACAGGAAGAACUCUGAUUUCGUUGCCUGGUAGAUCAAAGCCUGUGGAAUUUGGUGUUUUACACGACUUUUCGUACAAGGUGGUUGAUCCCAAAGUAGAUGGCAUCCAGGAAUUGACGGUGUCUACAACUCGUAUCGAGACCAUGUUGGGGGACUGUGCAGUUGCUAUCCAUCCUAACGAUAACAGAUACAAGAGUUUGCAUGGAAAGUCCGUGUAUCAUCCCAUCCUCAAAAAAGAGAUCCCCAUUGUCUGUGAUGAACAGCUGGUUGAUAUGGAAUUCGGAACUGGUGUAGUCAAGAUAACACCAGCACAUGAUCCCAAUGACUAUGCUUGUGCUCGUCGUCAUCAACUUCCUAUUGAAAGCAUCUUUGAUAAAUUGGGAAAACUCAACGACAACUGUGGAUUGGCAGAGCUCGUUGGGCAAGAUCGGUUUGAAGUGCGCGACACCAUCAUCCAAAAGCUAAGUGAAUUGGGCAGCUACAAAGGUAGAAAUGACAAUCACGUUAUGCGUAUCGCUGUUUGUUCAAGAUCGGGCGAUGUGAUCGAACCGUUAUUACAACCACAAUGGUACAUCAAGUGCAAGGAACUCGCUGCCAUUUCGAAAAAGCAAGUAGAGAAUAAUCAAAUGAAGAUUGUGCCUGAACAGUUCGUUCAAGACUGGUACAGAUGGUUAGAUAACAUACAAGAUUGGUGUAUUUCUCGGCAAUUAUGGUGGGGCCAUGAAAUUCCAGCCUAUCAGAUCAAGAUCCAUGGCAACCUUCGUCCAGAUCAAGGUGAAAUGUGGGUUGUGGGGUCUGACAAAAUAAAAGCAAAUAUCAAGGCUGUGGAACUACUCGAAAAAGAGGGAUACCCACAGAAUACCUCAUUUGAGCUUAUCAAGGAUGAUGAUGUACUUGAUACGUGGUUUUCUUCUGGUUUGCUGCCCUUAUCUGCCUUGGGUUGGAAGGGCAGACAAGGUGAAUCGAUUCCAAAUCGCUAUCCCAUUCAAGUGAUGGAAACGGGUUUUGAUAUCCUAUUCUUUUGGGUCGCACGGAUGGCCAUGUUGGCAAAUCACUUUUCAGAUCAUCAAAUACCCUUUGAGACCAUCUUUUUGCACGGCAUGGUACGCGAUGCCCAAGGUCGUAAAAUGUCGAAAUCAUUAGGUAAUGUCAUUGAUCCGCUUCAUGUGAUUGAAGGAAUCAGUUUACAGGACAUGAAGGACAACCUGUUGCACACAAAUCUCCCAGAAAAAGAAAUCGGAACGAGUACUCGUAAUCUUGAAAAAGAAUUUCCAAACGGAAUCCCACCUUGUGGUACCGACUCAUUGAGAUUUGCACUUGUCCAAUACACACAGCAAUCGAGACAAAUUAAUCUGGAUAUAUCCAAUGUUGUUCAAACAUCGCACUUUUGCAACAAGCUAUGGAACCUGUUCAAGUUUGGUCUGCCUCGCUUACAGCAGCCUGACCUGGAUUUGACGUUACGGGAUGUGGAUCUCAAGAGCACAUCAUUGGUAAAUCGAUACAUUCUAUCGCGCAUGGCCAACACCAUUGAAGCCUGCCAAAAGGGGUUUGAGACGAGUCGCUUAUUUGAGUCGACAGACGCCCUGAGAAGAUUUAUCGUGGAAGACGUUUGCGAUGUCUAUGUUGAAUUUUCUAAAUCGGCCUUGAAUAGAUCUGAUUUAGAUGCUCAAGAAAAGAAUGCUACGUUGAGGAUUCUUCAUGCGUGUAUGGAUACGUCUUUGCGUUUGGCACAUCCGUUUAUGCCAUUUGUUACAGAGGAACUAUAUCAACACAUGAAAUCGGCCCUAGAAAGCCCUUCCAAUGCCCCUUCCUUGAUGGUAGAAUCAUGGCCAAACCAAACACAGUUCUCAUCCUUUUACGACAAGCAAGUAGAGGAUCACUUUAAAGUGAUUCUAUCCAUCAUCCACGCAUCGAGGUCACUAAGACAAGGUCACCAAAUCAGUGUUGCCAAAGAGUUGCCCUUUACAAUUGUGUGCGAUGAUGAUGCCAUACUAAAUGGACCAUUGUCGCUGUAUAUCAACGAGAUCAAGCAUUUUGUCAAAGCGUCUGAUCUGCGCAUUGAGGCCUCAUCGACAGGAGAUCAAGACGCCCAAUAUACAACCAAGGUGAUCAACGACAAGCUCAAGAUCCUGGUGCCUUCGUCCAAUGUGAUGAAAGCCCAGCUAGAGGGUGCCGCAGCAAAGGGGAUCGAAUUAGACACAGUGAUUCAAAACAAGCAUGCACAAUUGACCAAGAAAUUAAACAAGCUGAAUGUUGAUCUAGACAAACUGGAGGCCAAGAAGCGACAGCCAGGCUAUUUCAAGUCGGUGCCUGAAGCAGUCAAGGCAAAGAACGAAUCCCGGCUCACAAUGAUACAAUUGGAAAAGACGACGCUAGAAAAUGACAUUGCUCUUUUAAAUUCUAUUAUGCAGCAGCAACAAGAGCAGCAAUAA